UAUUGAAUGGUAGAGCAGCCGGCAGGCCAAACACACUUUAUGAAAUCAGAUAUAAAGAUCAUUCCGUUUUACAAUCUUAGAAGGCGGUGCGGUGAAUUCUGUAUCUGUUGUCCUUGGGUGAUGAUUAAUUAAAGUUGUAUUUAUGGUUAACCAGCACCAAUAGUGUGUUCUUCCAUGCUUUUGUCAGGACAAGGGGAGCACACAUGGAAGUCUUGCUAAACUGGAGGAUGCUUUGCUAGUAGUUUUCAGCGUUGUUCAACCUCAACAAGUAAGGAAGACUUAUCACAUAGGAAUAUUGGACAUUAGUUCUUGGGAUUCUAUGAUGUUUGUCGAAGGACAUUUCUUUCCAUUGUGGAUGUCUAUUUUAAGUGUCAAAUAACUGCAAUAAUUUCAAAACUUAAUCUGUAUUGAUACUGAGGUGCAUAUCUAGUUGACUGAGAAUUUAUGUGCUAUUGGUUUGUUCUCUUAGAAGACUGAAGAAUGGUUGGCCUCAAUUUUAGUAAAAGUGUUUUAUUUUGACAUUCUUGAUAAAAAUAAAAUAAGAAUUCUACUUUGUGAAAGUUAAAUAAUUCUGUAAUUCAUAUAACAUUCAUUUGAUCGAAUUUUAAAUAGGAAAAAUUGUGUGCAUUGGAAAGAAAGGAAAUUAAAUAUUAGCAACAUUGCCUAACAAUCAACCUGUAAGAUCUAAGUUACGAGCAGUGGGUGAAGGUGUUUAGAUAGUAAAGGUGAGAUAAGUGUUGAUCCCUGCCUGAGAGAUCUCUUCUGGGCUCAUUAACCAUGACGAUGGGCACAGGGGGCCCCGUGGCCUCGUUCUCGGUGUGGGACUAUGUGGUGUUUGUGGGCACAGUCCUGGGGGCAGCUGGCAUUGGCCUGUUCCAAGCCAUCCGGGGCCGCAAGAACAACAACAGCGGUGAGUUCCUGCUGGGGGGCCGUCAGAUGACAGCGGUGCCCGUUGCCAUGUCCCUCACUGCCAGCUUCAUGUCUGGCAUCACCGUGAUCGGCACGCCAGUCGAAGCCUAUCGGUUUGGGACGGACUACUGGAUCUUUGCCAUCUCCUAUGCCAUCAUGUCCAUCAUCACCGCCGAGAUUUUUGUCCCUCUCUUCUACCGCCUGGGCAUCACCAGCACCUAUGAGUAUCUGGAGAUGCGCUUUAAUAAGUUGAUUCGGGUGAUCGGGACAUCCAUGUACAUCGCACAAACGGCCCUGUACACUGGUAUGGUCAUCUAUGCGCCUGCUCUCGCACUCAAUCAAAUCACAGGAAUGAACCUCUGGGGAGUGCUGGUGGCCACUGGGGUGGUGUGCAUCAUCUACUGUACCCUGGGAGGUCUGAAGGCGGUCAUAUGGACAGACGUGUUUCAGAUGGUGAUCAUGUUAGCAGGUUUCGUGGCUGUCAUCGCCAGGGGGGCUGUCAUCCAGGGGGGCCUGGGGAAGAUCUGGGACGACUGCUACCAGGGAGGCAGGCUCACCGCGUUUGAUUUUGAUCCAGACCCUUUGAAGCGUCACACGUUCUGGACGAUCGUGGUUGGUGGCAGUGUGAUGUGGGUGUCCAUUUACUCCAUCAACCAGUCACAGGUGCAGCGUUACAUCUCUUGCAAAACCCUAACCCAAGCCAAACUGUCACUGUAUGGGAAUAUAAUUGGUCUCUGGUUGACUGUGAGCUUAGCAGUGUUCUGCGGCCUCACCAUGUACUCCAUUUACAAAGACUGUGAUCCAUUCACUAACGGUGAUGUAGGGGCUGUUGAUCAGCUGCUUCCUUACCUGGUGAUGGACACUCUGGCAGCCUAUCCUGGAGUCCCUGGAUUGUUUGUGUCUGCAGCAUACAGUGGUACCCUAAGUACUGUGUCCUCCAGCAUCAAUGCGCUGGUGGCUGUCACUGUGGAGGACUUUGUCAGGCCAGUGUGCAAAAACCUGACAGAGAAACAGGUGUCCUGGAUCAACAUGGGCCUCAGUGUUUUCUUCGGGUUUUUGUGCAUUGGGAUGGCUGCAAUAGCUUCCCUGAUGGGAAGCAUUUUGCAGGCAGCACUGUCCAUAUUUGGAAUGAUAAGUGGACCUCUUCUUGGACUUUACGUACUAGGCAUGUUCUGGCGCACAGCCAACUCAACAGGGGGACUCACAGGACUGAUUGUGGGCCUUGUUAUUACCCUGUGGGUAGGGAUUGGAGCGCAGAUAUACCCACCCUUAGCUGAUAAGACCAACCCCCUGCCAAUCAGUGUGGCAGGCUGUAACCGCACACAGGACCUGAACUACACCACCCUGACCCCAUGGACCAGUGCAGUAACACUGACCCCUCUGCCUGAUUACAGUGACCGGCCAGCUCUGGCAGACUCAUGGUACUCCCUGUCCUACUUGUACUUCUGUCUCCUGGGCUCUCUGGUGACUGUGAUCGUGGGCCUGGUGGUAAGCGCUAUCACAGGUGGCUGCAAGCAGGAGAAUCUACGCUUGGAUCUCUUUGUAAGGAGAAGUGAUCUAUUCUGCGCUGGCUGUGGCAAGGACUCAGAGGCAUUAGACUCUGAGAUUAAUGAAAAGGCUGGAUCAGAGCUGAAGAAUGGACCAAACAACACUGGAUUCAAAGACUCCCAGUUUAACAUUGUGGAGAAGGUCACUAAAAUGUGAUGCUGCCACCAAACUAAAUGCACCCUGUCAACUGGAGUGCUCCAAGAGAACGAUUUGUCCGCUCACAUUUCCAUUCUAGUUUUAUUGUAAGGAAAUGCAUUGCUAAGAAAAGGAAGCCCAAGUGUGUAAUUACGCAGAUGAAGUCUCUAAUCAGCAAAUGUGUGUGAAGAACAAGAACAAAGGACUAGCAUUACUAACCUCAUAUUCAACAGGGUCAAUAUGAACCGUGGGUCCGACAAAACAUACAUGUUAUUUUCAAUUUAUUGCUGUCGAGAGUUGCAAUAGUAGAGAAUGCACAAGGCACCAAUUCAAAAUGUGUUAGUGUACGGGCAGUUUUCCUCUUGCUAUGUCACUCACUGACAGACUUUAAAGAGCUAUUUAUAACCUGUCAAAAAUGUCCAGUUGAUCAACUAGGUAGCCUAUGGUAGCUAGGUAGGUAUGUUAGGCUAACCAGCUAUCUAAAUCUUGUAGUUAUCAUGGCCAGAUUAAUUGACCAGGGGCUUCAACCCCAAAGCGACCUCCUUUGUUUUUGUUGAGUCACUAAAGUAUCAUGUGAACACACAUAUGACAUGGCAAAAUGUCUAUAAUUGGAAGAAAUUAGCUUUAAAACUGCAACAACCAAAAUAAAUCGCUCACAAGAGGGGUGUGAACAGUUUGGGGUCAAUGGGUUGUCAGGUAGGGGUUUAUGACUUUUCAACAUUGUGUUAAGAUUAUAGAUAAAAUAGGUUUAAUUAAAAAUAUAUAAAUUAAAAUGUACAUCUAACCUACUUGUCACUACAAACAAUGGACUUGUAAUAUGAGCACAUGCAGUUGAUAUGUAAUCAUGUUUAUUUUGUGUUUUACAGCCCUUUAGGCUGAUACAAUACAUUUGACUGUAUAUUCAUUUUGUGGCCAUAAAGAUUGUGCUGACAUGUAUACCGA